AUUGGUAAACAUGUCGAUUGUCAAAAUAAAAAUUCAAUACAUUUAGUUUGGUUUGUUAAAAAUAAUGUAACAACAAUUAUUUAACGAAACAAUUUGGCUAAAAGACUCCCAAUCGCCCGGAACAUAAAAUGGCUGACUAUUGGAAAUCACAGGACAGAAAGUACUGCGACUUUUGCAAGUGUUGGAUUACUGACAACAGGCCUAGUGUAGAGUUUCACGAGAAAGGCAGAAGACAUCAAGAAAAUGUCAAGAAACGACUUAAUACCAUCACAAGAAACAGUGCCAAGGCACAAAAGAGCUUACAUAAGGUUGACAACCAGAUUAAAGCCAUGGAGGCUGCAGCCCUCGCCGCAUACCGAAAGGACGUGGAAAAUAAUCUGGAUAUGACUUCCAUAGCUAUCAAUAAGAAGGUGGAAAAGGACAAUUUGGCCAUCAGUAGUGGAAGCAAAAAGGCAUGGCAAGAAACAAAAACGAAAAAUGGACAAGUAUAUUACUGGAACGUUAUAACGAAUGAAACUAAAUGGGAGAAACCGGAAGAAGGUUAUGCAAGCAUAGAAGAACAAGAAAAAGAGAAAUUUGAUGAAGUUUCAAAGCAAUUAAAAGAGUUGGACAAACAGAGACGAAUUGAAGGGUUGCUAAGGUUGCAGGAACAAAAGAAAGAGGACGAUGAGGAACGGGCGCGACUGGCAAGGGAAAAACUGAAAGAAAGGGCAGUCAAAGAAGAGGCCCCAGAGCCAGUUUAUGCACCUUUACUAGACACAACUAAAACAGACGCCUAUGGCAAAUGGCACACUGUUCAAGAAGCGGUUCCUCUGGAUUUGGAUUUGCCAGAGCAACAGUCGGAAUAUUAUGUGCCGAUUGUGGCGGAGCCUGAGCCAGUCCAAAAAGAAUUUAAGGAGAAAACUGUGGACUUGGGAGGCGGCGAAGUCAGUUUUAAGAAAAGGAAGAUUGGUGGCGGUGCGAAGAGGAAUGUCAGACAACGAUUGGAUGAUGAUUAGAUAAAUAGUUAAUAAUUAGAUUAAGGCCCAAAGCAAUAAAGCUCAAAAAAUGUCAUCGUCGUCAUUAUAAUAAAAAUAUUUAUAAGUA